AUGGAUGUCAAUAACCAACAAUCGCAGCUUGGGCAUCGACGUUCGGAAGGAACAAACGCGUCAAGAGAAGAUCAAAGUAACUCAACAUUCGUACCACUACAGAUUUCGCCAAGUGGAAGUGUGUUCAUUGAACACGACUUUGAUCCUAGACCCGUGCCCAAUCGAUCUACUUCGAAUUAUUUAGACCUUCCUCCACCUACCAGUACGAUUGUGCCUGCGAUCGUUGAUACACUAAAACGUUAUCGCAGGCAGAUGGAUGAAUAUAUGCAUAAUAAUUACUGUUAUGCAGAGGUCGGAAAUGCUAGGGUCUUGAUCGAAGAAUGUGUAUUACGUCUGGAAGAGCUUUGUGAGCCAAUUUGGGAGCAAUGCAUGCUACCACUUACUUCAUUAUCUAAAGAGUUCCGAGAAUUCGAGAUAGACAUGAGAAAUGGUUCUUUAAAUAUGAGUACUGAAAAUGGAUAUGCAAACUCGUACGCGCGAUUAUCAGCAAUGCGCGGAUCGAUUUGUCGUCUGGGACCUGCGCUUACAACUCUACACUUCAACUUCACUGGAUUUUCUCGAUGGAUCCAUGAGCGCAUCACACCCGUAUUAUUGCAAGUUUUAGUAGCGGCGAAUGAUGAGAAAAUAGUCCCUCAAAACAAUCAAUAUCGUACUCAAAUCAAUAGCCUAUUAGGAUCUCCAUCUUUUCUUUCUCAAGCGAUGUCCAGUCUUACAACAUGUUUGAAACUUUAUGAAAAAAUCUUCAUCAAACUUUUAAAGAGUAUUGAUAAGAUUCUAUCACCUGAUCUCUCUCAAGGUGCGGUUUAUUACGAUGAAAAGCAAAUCAUAAGCUGGGCGGGUGAAUGUUUUGUAGCUUUUCACCCAAUCUUUGAUGGUUUACCGGAUGUGGCUGGUAUUUCGUCUGCACUAUGGGAGCCACCGCCUCGUCGACAUAACGCAAUCAGGUAA